AUGGGCAGCCUGCCGAACCUGCACGAGCUGGAGGCGGCCGAGCGCAAGCGUGAGAAGCGUCGGGAGUAUGAGCUGCUGCUGGAGCAACGGGCCAGGGACACCAGCAGGGAGCGGGAGCGGCUCUCCGCGUUCGCCCAGCAGCGCAAGCAAUCUUCGUACAAUGCCUAUGUCAUGGCUGGCUUGGGGAUUGGCGGCGGCUCGCUGAGUCUUUCUACCGCCGGCGCGGUGAACGGAGACCUACCCAUUGCCAAUGGAGCUGCUGCCGCGCAAACGGAGGCCUUGGCCGCCGCCGCCGCCACCACGCCGAGCACAACAACGGCGGCAACCACAACGAACAGCACGUUCAGCGGCUUUGCCAUGCUGGGGCUGACCACGAAGAGGAUUACAACGCACACGCACCAUCAGCAUCAACAUCAGCACCAGCACUUGCAUCAGCAUCAGCUGCAGCAUUUGCAUCAGCAUCGCCACUCGCUGACCACCAGGCAUCGGGUUUUGCGUACGCGCAGCUCGGGCGGCGCUCAGAAUGUUUGGGAUGACCAGAUGAUGGAGGCGCACUUUGCCGCGUACUCCCCGUCGCCGGUGUCCACGCGCUCGCAUCGCAUCAAUCCGGUGUCCUCGUACCAGGUGCAGGCGGCGCUGGCGGCCUCGAGGCGCCGCGAGUCAAUCAACAGCUCAAUCGGUGCCACAUCCAUACGGCGGCUCAUCACGCUGAACAACCGGAACUGCCGCCACCGAGUGCCCGCCCAUGUGCGCCAGAAGGUGUGGCGCCAGUUCAGCUGCCUGGCCGUUGCCCAUGGCCUGAUGAAUGCCGUGCUGCUGCCCAUGAUGGCGCUGCAGGGCUCCAAUGCGGUGUGGCAUCAUCGCGAGCAGUGGCUGCCCAUCGGGCCGGACAUUGGAUCGCUGCUGCUCAGCAGCCUGUUCCUGCUGGCCGCCGGCAUGUGCCUGCCCAGCGCGUGGCUGAUGCGCCGCUACGGCUACACGCCUCUGCUGGCGGCCAACUACCUCGCGGUGAUGCUCUUCGUCCUGUCGCACAUUUACGCCUCCAUCUACACGCUGCUGCCGGCCUACCUGCUGCUGGGCCUGACCAUCAGCGGCGCCAACGGCUGCAAGGCGGCGCUUAUCGUGCACUUUGGUGGCCGUCUGAGCUGCUCCCAGGCCGCCUGCGAGCAGCAGGCCCAGGCCGCCGUGGACGUGCUGAACGAGGAGCACAAAAUGUUCUGCAAUCGGGAGCAGAAGGUGCGCCGCUUGGCACGCUGGUUCCGCGCCUCCCAGGACCUCGGCCUCAUCGUUGGCGCCCUGCUGGCCUCGCUGCUGCUCGUGUGCAACGGCAGCGACUGGAGCUGCUCCGGCGCGGCGGACACGCGCAAUGCCAGUGCGCCCCAGCUGCGGGACUUCUUCAACCGGAAUGAGCACGGGGAGCGCAUUUGUGGAGCGGACAUGUGCCCGCUGAGGGUGCAGCAACCGCUGGCCGCGGCCUGGGCCAACGAAACGGGAGCCAGCCCCGUGCCGCGCUCCAUCUACGUGGGAUUCAUCGAGAGCGGCGCUCGUGCUGGCGGCCAGUCGCUGCUCUGGCUGUACGUGCUCUUCUCCCUGGCCUCGCUGAUCCUGUCGCUGGUGGCGGUGGUGGGCAAGGUGCAGGGGGAGCGCAGCUCAGCCCUGAAGGACGUCAGCAGCAUUACGGACACGCUGCUCUUCGCCGGACCGCUGGCCUACUUCGUGGGCACGGAGCAGGCCUACAUGCUGGGCGACUUCCUGCGUGCCUUUGUCUCCUGCUCGCUGGGCAUUGGCAUGAUUGCUGGCGCCAUGGUUGGCAUGGGCCUGAUGCAGCUGAUUGUCUCCUGCACGCUGAGCAUGCUCCUGCGGCAUGUCAAGCGCAUCGUCGUGAUCUUGGCGGGAUUCUUCUUUCACUCCUGCCUGCUGCUCGCCCUGUCCAGCUGGAAGCCCUCGAACGAUGACAGCGCUCUGUUCUACGUAAUCGCCGCCUCGUGGGGCGCCUGCAAUGGCAUGUGGGAGACGCUGCUCCUCUCGCUGGUCACCCUCAAUCAUGCGAAUCACGUGACGGAGGUCUCGGCGCCACUGCAGGCCCUGCGCUUCCUCGGACUGGGCCUCACGUUCGCCGGGCAUGGCUUCCUCUGCGAGUCGCUGAAGAUCAUUGCGCUGGUGGUGCUGCUGGUGAUCAGUGUGCCGCCCUAUGCCACGCUCGAGAUACGCCUGGAGGCACAGCGCAAGGCCACGCUCGUCAGCUUAUGACGGAGCAUCUUCAGCUAGUCCCGACGCCAGCGGCGGGGCACCGUGGCCCGCACCCACACCAUGUGAGGGCGGCUCAAUCUGGUCCGUAGGACUGGCUCAGCCAAUCGGACCACCAACACCCCCGCCCUGAUCCAGCUGCAACCCAUCAGUAUUGAUAGAGAGACAAGAGUCAGGGUACAUUUCAGUAUUUCCAUGGCGCUCUGAAGAUGCAAGAGAGAGAGACUCCCUCUCUCCACUGCAUCCUUGAGUCCAUUCGUGCAUCUAGCUACUAAGAAUGAUCUAUAAAAUACACACAGAAUGGACCCACCCAAGGUGAAUUUACUUGAAAGGUUACCUUUCAAGGGAGAGACUCCCCCAUAUGUCUAUCCCUUUCUAGCGCUUGUCUUUCCGAGCGUGGUGAAUAAGUUAUUGGUUCAGCACCCAGCUUCUGUGUAAAUUCACCUUGUGGGGGGUGGGUUCAUUUCUGUGUGCGUGCCAUCUCUGUGUGCAUUUGCCAGUGCCAACAAUGUGGUUCCAUGUCCGUAAAUCUGUUUAUGUGUGUGUGUGUGUAUGCAUGAGAGCUUUCUGUGUGGUUUCUUCCGUGUUGGGGGGCGAUCAACUCAAGACCCACAUUAGCCAAUAGUUUAAGAGAUAGUAACGAUCUGAUACAAAAUAUGUAUGUAUAUUUUAUGUCUAUGUAAUCUGCCACAGGUGGGCCUUGGUUAACUAAUGGCAGCUGUGUAUGCAUGCAUGUAACUUUGUGCCACAAAACAGUGUAUUCCUCUGACGUAGUUUCUAAGUGUGUACUUACAAUUAGGUUUACCGAGUCAACCCCUGAUGAUGUUUCCCCCGUUGCUACACAGCUGGUGUACGUGUAGGAUGGUGUAGCAAAAACAGCUGUUAUUGAUAACAAGGUGAAAUCCUAAGGUCUAAGAACAAUGUUAACAUUUUGAGAAUUUGUAACCAUUUUGCGACGCCCCCUCUCCCCCGGUAGUUAGAUUGGAAUGCGAUCGAUCGAUUGAUGCAUCGGCAGUAGGAGGAGCACAUAUAAAUAUGUGUAGGUAAAUGCAUGUACCGUAUAUACAUACAUGCAUAUGUGCAUACAUAUGUAAGUAAAUAAUAAUAAUAAUGUGUGUGUUUUUCUUAGCAGCGGGUGUCCAGCUGCACGCAUAUUGAUUAUUGAGUAUGGGUACAAUAUAUUGUGAAUGUUUCUCAACAGAACACAACUCGCAAAACAAGUUAAACUAGAAAGCUCUACCGGGGGAGAAGCACAAGAAGAAUUAGAAGAUGCUGUGCCGCAGCGCGUUCUACAACAAUAUAUACACACACAUACAUGUACAUGUGUGCAUGUGUGCAAGUGUUUGGAUGUGUAUUAUAUUAUACUGUAUGCAUAUAGAUGUCUGAUCCCCAGUAUUCCAAUAAAGUAUCUAUAAAUG